GCAAAGCACAAAGUUAACCCCAAAGGAAAUAUCGUUCAGUCCUAGUCUCCUCCAGUGCAAAAUGAGAAAUGGUGGUCGCCAUUUCAGGAACAUGCACUACAUCUGUGUUAAUGAAAUAUUGCCAGUUAUCUGAAGGUUAUUAAAAUGUUUCUGCAAGGAUGGCUUCACGAGAAAUCAAUUCUGCACGUUUUCCCAUUGUCAUUGUAUGAAUAACUGACCAAAGGGAUGUAACAAAAUGGAACAAAGCUGAGGACCACGUUCACCCUUUCUUGGAGCAUACGAUCAACCCUGAAGGAGAUGGAAGACUUGAGGAGGAAAUGGGGAUUGAUCUUCCAGGAGUUCUGCAGUAAAGCGAUCCCUCACCAUUACAAAGAUAAGCAGAAAUCCUCCAGGCAUCCUCUGUAAACGGGCUGGCGUAGUGUGGCUUGGUCAAGGAACAGAGACAGGGCUGCACAAUGGCUCAGCUUCACUGCCAACUCUUAUUCUUGGGAUUUACACUCCUACAGUCGUACAAUGUCUCAGGGUAUGGUCCAAACCAAAGGGCCCAGAAGAAAGGAGACAUCAUACUGGGAGGUCUCUUCCCAAUACACUUCGGAGUAGCUGCCAAGGAUCAGGACUUAAAAUCGAGACCGGAGGCGACAAAAUGUAUUCGGUACAAUUUUCGAGGCUUCCGAUGGCUCCAGGCGAUGAUAUUUGCAAUUGAAGAGAUUAACAACAGUAUGACUUUCCUGCCCAAUAUCACCCUGGGAUAUCGCAUAUUUGACACGUGUAACACCGUGUCCAAGGCGCUAGAGGCAACACUCAGCUUUGUGGCCCAGAACAAAAUCGACUCGCUGAACUUAGAUGAGUUCUGUAACUGCUCUGACCAUAUCCCAUCCACAAUAGCAGUGGUCGGGGCAACCGGGUCAGGAAUCUCCACGGCUGUGGCCAAUCUAUUGGGAUUAUUUUACAUUCCACAGGUCAGCUAUGCCUCCUCGAGCAGGCUGCUCAGCAACAAGAAUGAGUACAAGGCCUUCCUGAGGACCAUCCCCAAUGAUGAGCAACAGGCCACGGCCAUGGCCGAGAUCAUUGAGCACUUCCAGUGGAAUUGGGUGGGGACCCUGGCAGCCGACGAUGACUAUGGCCGCCCGGGCAUUGACAAGUUCCGGGAGGAGGCCGUUAAGAGGGACAUCUGUAUUGACUUCAGUGAGAUGAUCUCUCAGUACUACACCCAGAAGCAGCUGGAGUUCAUCGCCGACGUCAUCCAGAACUCCUCGGCCAAGGUCAUCGUGGUCUUCUCCAAUGGCCCCGACCUGGAGCCGCUCAUCCAGGAGAUAGUUCGGAGAAACAUCACCGAUCGGAUCUGGCUGGCCAGCGAGGCUUGGGCCAGCUCUUCGCUCAUUGCCAAGCCAGAGUACUUCCACGUGGUCGGCGGCACCCUCGGCUUCGCUCUCAGGGCGGGGCGCAUCCCAGGGUUCAACAAGUUCCUGAAGGAGGUCCACCCCAGCAGGUCCUCGGACAAUGGGUUUGUCAAGGAGUUCUGGGAGGAGACCUUCAACUGCUACUUCACUGAGAAGUCCCUGACGCAGCUGAAGAAUUCCAAGGUGCCCUCGCACGGACCGGCGGCUCAAGGGGACGGCUCCAAGGCGGGGAACUCCAGACGGACAGCCCUACGCCACCCCUGCACUGGGGAGGAGAACAUCACCAGCGUGGAGACCCCCUACCUGGAUUAUACACACCUGAGGAUCUCCUACAAUGUAUACGUGGCCGUCUACUCCAUUGCUCACGCCCUGCAAGACAUCCACUCUUGCAAACCCGGCACGGGCAUCUUUGCAAACGGAUCUUGUGCAGAUAUUAAAAAAGUUGAGGCCUGGCAGGUCCUCAACCAUCUGCUGCAUCUGAAGUUUACCAACAGCAUGGGUGAGCAGGUUGACUUUGACGAUCAAGGUGACCUCAAGGGGAACUACACCAUUAUCAACUGGCAGCUCUCCGCAGAAGAUGAAUCGGUGUUGUUCCAUGAGGUGGGCAACUACAACGCCUACGCUAAGCCCAGCGACCGACUCAACAUCAACGAAAAGAAAAUCCUCUGGAGUGGCUUCUCCAAAGUGGUUCCUUUCUCCAACUGCAGUCGAGACUGUGUGCCGGGCACCAGGAAGGGGAUCAUCGAGGGGGAGCCCACCUGCUGCUUUGAAUGCAUGGGAUUGAAUGACUGCGUGUUUUCUCGGUCUCAUUUAGAUGCAAGUGCGUGUACAAAGUGCCCGAAUGAUUUCUGGUCGAAUGAGAACCACACGUCGUGCAUCGCCAAGGAGAUCGAGUACCUGUCGUGGACGGAGCCCUUCGGGAUCGCUCUGACCAUCUUCGCCGUGCUGGGCAUCCUGAUCACCUCCUUCGUGCUGGGGGUCUUCAUCAAGUUCAGGAACACUCCCAUCGUGAAGGCCACCAACCGGGAGUUGUCCUACCUGCUGCUCUUCUCCCUCAUCUGCUGCUUCUCCAGCUCGCUCAUCUUCAUCGGCGAGCCCAGGGACUGGACCUGUCGGCUCCGCCAACCGGCCUUUGGCAUCAGCUUCGUCCUGUGCAUCUCCUGCAUCCUGGUGAAGACCAACCGGGUGCUGCUGGUCUUCGAGGCCAAGAUCCCCACCAGCCUCCACCGCAAGUGGGUGGGCCUCAACCUGCAGUUCCUCCUGGUCUUCCUCUGCAUCCUGGUGCAAAUCGUCACCUGCAUCAUCUGGCUCUACACCGCGCCUCCCUCCAGCUACAGGAACCAUGAGCUGGAGGACGAGGUCAUCUUCAUCACCUGCGACGAGGGCUCGCUCAUGGCGCUGGGCUUCCUCAUCGGCUACACCUGCCUCCUCGCCGCCAUCUGCUUCUUCUUCGCCUUCAAGUCCCGUAAGCUGCCGGAGAACUUCAACGAGGCUAAGUUCAUCACCUUCAGCAUGUUGAUCUUCUUCAUCGUCUGGAUCUCCUUCAUCCCCGCCUAUGUCAGCACCUACGGCAAGUUUGUGUCGGCCGUGGAGGUGAUUGCCAUCCUGGCCUCCAGCUUCGGGCUGCUGGGCUGCAUCUACUUCAACAAGUGUUACAUCAUCCUGUUCAAGCCGUGCCGUAACACCAUCGAGGAGGUGCGCUGCAGCACGGCGGCCCACGCCUUCAAGGUGGCGGCCCGGGCCACCCUCCGGCGCAGCGCCGCGUCUCGCAAGCGCUCCAGCAGCCUGUGCGGCUCCACCAUCUCCUCGCCCGCCUCGUCCACCUGCGGGCCGGGCCUCACCAUGGAGAUGCAGCGCUGCAGCACGCAGAAGGUCAGCUUCGGCAGCGGCACCGUCACCCUGUCGCUCAGCUUCGAGGAGACAGGCCGCUACGCCACCCUCAGCCGCACGGCCCGCAGCAGGAACUCGGCGGAUGGCCGCAGCGGCGACGACCUGCCAUCUAGACACCACGACCAGGGCCCGCCUCAGAAAUGCGAGCCCCAGCCCGCCAACGAUGCCCGCUACAAGGCGGCGCCGACCAAGGGCACCCUAGAGUCGCCGGGCGGCAGCAAGGAGCGCCCCACAACUAUGGAGGAAACCUAAUCCAACUCCUCCAUCAACCCCAAGAACAUCCUCCACGGCAGCACCGUCGACAAUGACAUCAACUCCUAACGGUGGCUGCCCAACCUCUCCCCUCUCUGGCACCAAAUAUUCCCAUACACCAACCCAACCAACAUCUUGGUGAGAUGUCAGCUAAAGAUGCCCCCCCCACCUCCUUGACUCAUUGUGCCAGGAAACCAACACUCAACAUUUACACAUCAAUCUACCAUCAAAGCCACAAAAUUCAAACAACAAAGGAGCCCGCCAAAACUAAGAGACCUCAAGGAGAGAUGGGGGGGCAGCUACUUGGAUGGUUCCCCAACCAGGAACAUUUACUGUCAAACAAAUUUGCAAAUGUUCCAGCAACUUAGCAAAUCUAGUAGGAAUAGCAAUGUACCAAAAUGUCAAAGCUUGUUCUUUCAGCCAAUAUAAACUCAAUUUACUUGGAAGGCCAUUGAGGCUAGGACUGUAUAAACUAUGAUUUCUUGAUGGUAAACUUGCCCACAUUUACGUUUCAAAUUCAUGUAAUUGGUGAAAGUAUUGAACAGUCUAAAAACAACAAAUGGCUUUUCACUGUACCUUGGCACACGUGACAAUAAACUAAACUAAACUAGAAAAAACAAUGGUAAAAAAUGUUGUUGGUGGAGCAAGAUAUAUUUUAACGCUGUAAAAAUCAGUUACUUAAACAUAUUAGACACAGGUUUUUAGUUUUAUAGUUUAGAGGAACAGCAUGGAAACAAGCCCUUCGGACCACCGAGUCCAUGCUGACCAUCGAUCACCCUAGUUCUGCAUCAUCUCACUUUGGCAUCCACUCCCUACACACUUGGGACAAUUUUAUUUUACAGAGGGCCAAUUAACCUACAAAUCCGCGCGUCUUUGCAAUGUGGGUGGAAACCGGGGCACCCUGAUAAAACCCACGUGGUCUCGUAGAACGUGCAAACUCCACAUCUGAGGUCAGAAUUGAACCCGGGUCUCCGGCGCUGUGAGGCAGCAGCUCUACCAGUUGCGCCACCUUGCCACAGGUUGUUUAAUCUAACACAUACACUAAUUAUGCCAAUCGUAAGGAGACAAUGUGGCAAUUAGAUUUUUACCAGCAGCGAGAUCCAUCAAUCUGGAAACAACCUGCAAUCUGGAAACGUGCUAAAAUGUGAUCAUAUUCCAUCGCCAUGGAAAGUGAGGUACAAAUUUACAGCUGAAUGGUUAGGAGACGAUAUUAUUGUCGAAAUGAAAUGAAGAACAACAACUCUUGAUAUCAAACAUAGAGGAGGUGCAGGAGUUUAUAAAACCAGAGAUCAUGAUGGAUUUAAGAGGCUAAGGUCGAUCCAGGACAUGAAAGAAUUCUGUCACAGAUAAUGCAAGUUAAAGGAAUCAUACAUUAUUCAUAUAAAGGAGUAAGGCCUUCAUUUCAGGAUAAAAGUUGUGGAGUCGUCACUGAGAAGGUUCUGACUGUCUACCUUAUCUAGGCCUCUCAAAAUUUCAUAUACUUCUAUCAAGCAUCCCCUCACCCUCCGACGUUCUGGAGAAAACAAUCCAAGAUUGUCCAACCUCACUCUGCAGCUAAUAUCCCCUAUUCCGGUAAACUUGAGGAAGGAUUUCUUUCGCCAGAGGGUGAUGAAUCUGUGGACUUCAUCGGUACGGGCAGCUGUGGAGGCCAGGUCAUUGUAAAGCAGAGGUUGACAGAUUUUUGAUUAAUAAAGGUGUCAAAGGAUACGGGAAGAAGGCAGGAAAAUGGGAUUGAGAGGGAGAGGUAGAUCAGCCAUGAUUAAAUGGCAGAGUAGACUCGAUGGGCCAAAUAGCCUGAAGAUACUGCCCGGCUGUGCAGCUGGAUUUGAAAACAAUUAUUGUAUGGACAAAAAAUUCUAAAUUUAAAUUGGAUUUAAAAACAAUUUACAUCCCCUAAAAGUUAUUUAGUGAUACAUUAGUAUUAAAAUUAUAUAAACUAUACUGCUAUGUAUCAAAUAAUGUUUCAAUUCCUCUAUUCCAGUGUUAAGACAGAUACAGUUUUAACUCAAUGGCACUAAUAUAAAUAUAUAUCAGAUUGCCAUUUGACCAUAGUGCUGUCAAGUGGGAACAGAGUAGAGCAUUGUCGCAGAUCUACUAGGAGCAGCAAGGGGUGUGUCGAAUUUGUGAGGAUAUUGUAAUGAUGUGGAUUAAUAUGGGUGACCACUAAAACAAAAUGGUUCAUGUUAAAUAGACCAACAGUCAUCAGUCAGUGGCUUUGGAAAAGGUGGAGGGAAAAUGAAAUAAUGGAGAUGAAAUGCCUCAGAAUGGAAUACCUUGACAGAUAUGAGGUGGAAUUAGUGGAAUAGCGUGACUGAUUGGGUGCGCGGUGGCGCAGCAGGUAGAGCUGCUGCCUCACAGCGCCAGAGACCCAGGUUUGAUUCUGACCUUGGGUGCUGUCUGUGUGGAGUUUGCACGUUCUCCCUAUGACCACGUGGGUUUCCUCCUGGUGCUGCGGUUUCCUCCCACAUCACAAAGACGUACGGGUUUGUAGGUUACUUGGCCUCCGUAAAUUGUCCUCAAUGUGUUGGGAGUGGAUGAGAAAAUGGGAUAACAUAGAACUAGUGUGAACAGGUGAUCGAUGACAGGUAUGCACUUGAUGGGCCGAUGGGCCUGUAUCCUUGCUAUACCUUUCAAACAAUCAAGACAGCAAUAAAUUAUAAUUUGGUGGAAAUGUAAUGUAUCAUAUAGGUAUCAGGAAGACAAUGGAGGGGAACAUGCUAGCAAUGACAAGGUGUAACAGAUCACCAGCUAAUAACAUACGGCACGGUGAACAGUGGUACAGUUGCUGUCUUACAGUGCUGAUGUCAUGGAGUUUGCACGUUCUCACUGUGGCCGCGUGGGUUUUCUCCGGGUGUUCCGGUUUCCACCCAUAUACCUAAGACAUGGGUUUGUGCAUUAAUUGGCUUCGGUAAAGUUUCCCAGUAAAUUUUCCCUAGUGUGUAGGAUAGUGUCUAGUGUAUGGGGAUCACCAGUCGGCGCGGACUCGGUGGGUCAAAGGGCUGUUUCCGCGCUGUAGCUCUAACAUCUAGAGACAAUGGGGAUCUAGUGAGAUCACGUUGCAUGAUUAAUAGCACGAUGCUUUGAUAGGCCUAUGAUAAUGAAGCCUUGUGUGAAACACUGACAGCACUCUGUGCGAUCGACAGGCAACAGCAACAGACUAGUUAGCAAUUGUGAAAUAC